GGCAACAUUUGUGCCGAAGCAGACGAUCAUUUAAAUUUCAUGCCAUGCCAUGCUGCUCGGUUGACACAAUGUCUUCAACGCAAGAUUUCAAUGUCUAUGUUGGGGCGGAAACUGGAUUGUUUAAGGGUGUCAAUUUCAACAAUCAGCAAACCAUCGCCAAAAACCUUAACAGUUUACAGUCGCUGGAUCGUCAACAAGAGAUAACAUGUAUGGCAUGGGGAAAUGAAGAAGAAAGUGAAAUAUUAUUGGGCCUUAGAGGUCAGAAGGUGAAAAUUUAUGAUUCUGAAUUCAAAGGAUUCUCAGGGUGUGUGGAGACACCUUUUGGGAAAGGUCCCCUACGUGGAGUGGGAAAACUCAAUGAAUCUAUUAUCACUGCAUCUGAAAGUGGAGAUGUAAAGCUCUGGAAAUUCAAAUCCAGUCAACAGGUUGAAUUCCAUGCUCUUAACACAGGAGAGAGACUGUGUUGUAUGCGUCUCUCUCCUUUCACCAAAAACAUUGUUGCCACUGGUGGUAAGAAAAAUGACCUCCAACUUUGGGAUAUGGAAAACUCUCAGCAUCCUGUAUUCAAAGCAAAAAAUGUUAAAAAUGACUUCUUGGACUUGCCAGUUCCAAUUUGGGUCAGUGAUCUUGCAUUUGUUCGUAAUUCUGAACAAAUUGCCACUAGUUCAAGACAUGGUUUUGUGCGCCUUUAUGAUCCCAAGUCUCGUGGUCGUCGACCUGUAAUUAGUUGCGUUCCCGAAGCAGAUGAAGCAUGGACCUGUAUAACCAUUGCUUCUAGACCCAACCAAGUUAUUGUGGGCAGCGGAAAAGGGAGAAUGCUGCUCUUUGACUUCCGCCAGCAAAAAGUGGUCCAUGCUUACCGUGGGUUUACCGGAUCAAUUCGACAGAUGGUGUGUCAUCCUACCAAACCCUUGGUUGUUAGUGUUGGACUUGAUCGCUUUGUCCGUGUACAUCAUUUAGAUAGACAAGCUCCUCUCCACAAAAGUUACUUGAAAUCUAGAUUAAAUGCCGUGUUGAUGCGCCAAGAUUUUGGAAUCGUAAUCGACCAGGAAUUAGAUAGUGGUGAAGCGAUUGAUGUUGAAAAAGAUUCAUUUUGGAAUACCAUGGAAGAAAUCAAAGAUAGAACAGUAACUGAAAUUGAAGAUCAAGUUGAAAAAGAAGCGAUUAAAGUUUCACCAAUUAAAAACUGUGGUUUGAGGAAAAAAAGAAGAACAGUAUCCUAGUUAGGCUACAUGAUUUGACUUUUUUUUAUUGAAUAAACUUAAAGCGUGUA